AUGAUAACAAGCUUCUGGCAGUUGUUACGCCUCGUCCUAGGACAACUUCGUCCUAUGACGAACUCUCUAUGUAAAACAGCCAGUCUAACGAACGAGUCGAAAAGUUCAUAAUGGAACAUCUCGUCAAUUUGCGUGGACUAUUGAUAAAAAUUUCACACAAUUAGCCGGGACACGUUUCGUUCGCGUGCUUGCGAAUUGCAUUUUGCCAGCAGCCGAUCGAUUCGAAAACGUUCGACAUCAAUCACAGGAACUCGUUUCACUUUGUCGUUUAUUGACCUCUUUGUCCCGCGAUUGCUUAUCGAUCACGCGCGAACAAAUUCCUGCCAAAGAGGCCGAACAAAAAACGAUACGUUACGUCUGUGUUUUGCGCAGGUUACUUAUUGACCAGAGUGGAGAAAAAGAUUGGCUCGCCCGAAAAACCCCUGUCGGAUCUGGGCUUGAUCUCGUAUCGCAGCUACUGGAAGGACGUUUUACUGCAGUACCUCUGCAACUUCGGGGGCAAAGAACUCUCCGUUAAAGAUAUCAGUAAGGAGAUGGCUAUCGAUUCGUACGACAUCGUCAGCACCCUACAGGCUCUCGGUAUGAUGAAGUACUGGAAGGGCAAGCAUAUCAUCCUGAAGAAACAGGACGUGAUCGACGACUAUAAGGAGAGGGUGAAGAGACGAGGGCCCGUCUACAAAGAGAUCGAUCCGGAGUGUCUGAAAUGGAACCCCUUCCAGCCUCCCAAGACGCCCUCCGCCUCGAACUAA